AGGCCCCAGGCGACGCCUGGUUAGCUGUGUGGAAUGGAGCAGGAAGUCUUGGAGAAAGUGCUGGAUGCUUCCUGGUAUGUUUUCAAACAGCAAGUCAUCCAGUCCAUCCAUGCGGUCUCUACUUUGCCGCUUGAUUCGAAGGACUCUGUCUCCGAGUGCGGAACUGGCGCUAACUUGUCGCAAAUUUGGAGCCGUGGAGUCUCGCCAGAUAUGUACAUCAUCGAUCACAACUCUUUGGCACCAUCGGAUUUUCGUGAGGAUAUUCGUGAGGAGCAAAUGCUGAGACGAAUCACGUCUCAGUCGCAAGGCAGUGCUGCUCACGUGGCAGAUCGCGAGCAGGCACCUUAUUUGCGCUCCAGGCUCGCAGACGCAGGCAAGGAACACGCGAGAGCUAUCCGUCGUCGCUUACGGCUUCGACUGGGCGUCAUCUCAGCAUCCAAGUGCGUGACGGGGAAGUCUUUGCAUGAAGCUGUUUCCGCAUUGGGCCUGACACGCUACAGCCUGCAGGAAGUGAGUGCUUUGGUGAAUCACCUCGCCUGCUUCAUCAAUUUGCGUUUCGAUAAAGAGAAGAAGGAUAAGUUGGCUGCCGUGAUCGAGGAUGACAACGUUGGCCGUGCCGUUUGGGAGUGGCCCCCGUUGAAGGAAACGCACAUGGCGGCUACAGCCAGUUGGAUGGAGCUGGAUCAUCCAAAACGUCCGCCUGGUAGUCUUGUGCCCGCGCAAGCCUUGAUGCAGAUCUUGCUUGCAGAAGAUGGUGACGUGCACAGAAGGAUUUUUGGUCCAUCUUUGCCAGCCUUCCGAGCAAUCAGAGAGGUCUUGCUGGCCGGUGACACCAACCGUUUGGUGGCCGAGCUGACAUUUGUCAGGCUGAACGACCUUGCAGCGCCGCCAGAUCCAACGCCUCCGCUGCUUUUCGUCGAGGGGAUGAUUACAUGGGUGAUCAUUGCAAAUGCUGUGAUGAUGGGUAUUCAAAUGGAUCCUGAGUAUUCAGAUUGGGGUGGUUUUUUCUGGUGUGAGCUGGCAUUUACCAGCUUGCUCCUGCUGGAAGUUGCAAUUCGUUUUAUGAUCUUGGGCUGGCGACAAUUCUUCUGUGGCCAGCAGGUUUUCUGGAAUCUCUUUGAUCUGUUUCUCCUGGGCUGUGCAUUGACGGACGUGACCAAAGAGGCAAUCACAGAGGCUUCUCACGCCCUGAAUGGUUCAUCUCUCUUACGCCUUUGUCGGCUUGUGCGUUUGGUGAGAAUAAUCAAGGCUUUCCGCCUGAAGUUUAUGGGAGAGCUGCGGUUGAUGGUGAAAGGCCUGGUUGCUGGUCUUCGCACCCUUUCCCUCGCCUUUACACUGCUCUUUGUGGUGUUGUAUGUGAUUUCAGGUUUUGCAACCAUGUCCAUCGGAACCAGCAAGCAGACUGCAGCACUGGGUCUCGAGCCCUACUUCCGAACAUUGCCCGAUUCGAUGUUCACGGCCUUUCGGUGCUUUACAGGUGAAUGUGUCAACGACAGCGGUCAGCCGUUGCAUUCGUUACUUGCGGCCGAGUUUGGGGUGCCAUUUGUUGCUGGCUAUGUCGCAAGUUAUAUGCUGGUAUCCAUGGGCAUCUUCAAUGUCAUACUCGCAGUGUACGUUGACAUAACGAUGAAGGCAGCGAAAGAGAACGAAGCGCUUACGGCAGAGCAGCACUCGCGCGAAUCCAUUCGCAUCGCGCGAGUGACACGGGAGUUGCUGAAGAAGUUCGCAGCGGCUUUUCGCAUGUUUCAGGAUUUUGAUGAUUCAACUCAUCCAUGUUUAUUUCAACGCUUGGACACCAGCAUGUUCACGGAUGACCAAAUACAGGAGAACAUUGCUAUUACCAAGGAACUUUUCCUUCUGGUCAUCCAAGACCGAGGUGUUCAGGCAUUGAUGGAUGACCUCGAACUCCCACGUGAUCGAGCCAACUUGUUCGAAAUCAUAGAUGCAGACGGAAGCGGCACACUCCAAGUUGUAGAGCUGGUUCAAGGGCUGUUGAAGAUUCGUGGCGAGGUGAGCAAAAGCGAUACCGUUGCUUCGUAUUUGGCCACGAAAUCGCUGCAAGAGACUAUCAAUUUCUUCAAGGAAGACUUGAGCCGACAGUUUGCCGAGCUUCGAUCAGAGCUGCAGCAACGAAAUCAGUAUUUGGAGAGGCAGGCGGCUGCAGUCAGAAGUAUCAGCCAAAUGAGCGGAAUCUUCAACUCGAAAAGCCCAGAUUUCUCAAACAAAGUCAACAGCGAGCCAACUUCUUCGCAAGCGCUAUGUCGAGGACCUUCGUCAGCUUAUUUGGGGCCAGCGGCACCUAUUCCAUCGGGAGAAACAGAGCCCACUGAACAUGGUGGUCAUCCGGCUAUCGAGCAGCUGAAGCCAACAGUGAAGCCAGAAGUUCCGGAAGAGGUUGACGUCGCCCCUCCACAACCUUUGCAGGCAAAUCCUGAAGAAAUGGAUAGAAGGGCCAGAAGUUGAAAUUGCUGAUCGAUGCGUUGUGACAUGUUGUGACAUGUUGUGACAACUGUCAAUUCAUUGCUGUUAAGCGGCAGAAACCAGAGAAACGAUUGAAGUAGACACGGC